AUGCUUGCCAACUCGCGAGAAAACUGCACGAUCGUCACCACCAUCAACGCCGCCGGCGCCGUGCUGGACCCUACCAUCAUCUCCAAAGGGCAACGUUUCAACAGAGAUUGGAUCGCGGAUAGGAAGGGUCCGCCGGGUGCGACGUACACCUGCACGGAAUCGUCCUUCAUGUUCGGUGACGUCUCCAUCAAGUACAUCAAAAACCUCCACGAGCAGCUUGGCCGGCGUGGCUUGCUCGACGGAAAACCCUNCGUCACCACCAUCAACGCCGCCGGCGCCGUGCUGGACCCUACCAUCAUCUCCAAAGGGCAACGUUUCAACAGAGAUUGGAUCGCGGAUAGGAAGGGUCCGCCGGGUGCGACGUACACCUGCACGGAAUCGUCCUUCAUGUUCGGUGACGUCUCCAUCAAGUACAUCAAAAACCUCCACGAGCAGCUUGGCCGGCGUGGCUUGCUCGACGGAAAACCCUACGUGCUCGUGCUGGAUGGGCACGCGUCGCACGUGAGCUUUGAAGUCAUCCAGUUGGCCAAGUCCCUCAACAUUCACCUCGUCCAGCUGCCCUCCCACAUGUCGCACGUCACCCAGCCCUUGGACGUCGCUAGCUUCGGCUGUUUCAAGGAGCUGACCACAGCGAUCGCGGUCUUCCCGUCGAAACACGGAGGGGCAUUGCCGCGGAAGCGGGACAUGGCCGGCUUGAUCGGGCAAGCGUGGAGCAUGACUUUUACGCCGGAAAUCAACAAAGCUUCCUUCGCCGGGGCGGGCCUGUGGCCGGUGGACAAGGAACGGGCACUCACUCGNGAUGGGCACGCGUCGCACGUGAGCUUUGAAGUCAUCCAGUUGGCCAAGUCCCUCAACACCCACCUCGAACAGCUGCCCUCCCACAUGUCGCACGUCACCCAGCCCUUGGACGUCGCUAGCUUCGGCUGUUUCAAGGAGCUGACCACAGCGAUCGCGGUCUUCCCGUCGAAACACGGAGGGGCAUUGCCGCGGAAGCGGGACAUGGCCGGCUUGAUCGGGCAAGCGUGGAGCAUGACUUUUACGCCGGAAAUCAACAAAGCUUCCUUCGCCGGGGCGGGCCUGUGGCCGGUGGACAAGGAACGGGCACUCACUCGGCUGCAGCGCCCGAAGAGGAAGGCGCGGGAAGCCGACCGCCCUUCCCUGCAGGACGUCCCCAUCGUCGUGAGCAACGAACAGCUGGAGGAGCUGCUGGGCGAGCGCGGCGUCCACAAGGCCCGGGCAGAAGGCCACACCAUCCCGGGAGUUCGCGUGAGUACGGUGCUUCUCGGCCUUUACCUGCCCAACAACCGCCCCAAGAAAAAACGCCAACGCGGGCGAUCCUGGGCAUUCCAGACGGAGGACUCCUCACUGAUGAAGAAAGGAUGGCGAGGCAAGAGGACAAAACACGCGAACUGCAGGCUGCCGAGGCCGCUAAGACGGCAAAGACCGUGGCGCGGGAAGAGGCACGAGACGCGAGGAGGGUAG